AUGAAGGCCUGUGGCAACAAUUUCGACUCAAUAGACUUUCUCAGCUUAAACCCUCUGGAAAGUCGAGUGUAUGUUACAAAUAACCAUUAUUCCAUUCCUGCUCUUUACAACCCGCAGCAUUUCGGUACAGACCUCAAUGAGUAUCAAAUCGACAAAGCUGUCGAGGCCAUGAUGAGUGCCUGCGUACUGUCAAACGAAUACCCAAUAGUUCGGUACUAUAAUUCCCCUAUUUCACGCAAAAUUGCUUAUCUUUUCCAGCAGACUCUUGAUGAGUACUAUCGAAAACACCAAGAGCUAGCUCCUGUGAAUUCUAAAACAGUGUUCUUUAUCACCGAUCGUCUUAUGGACCUUUUCGCUCCCUUCUGUCACUACAAAUUUUAUAGAUCCCAGAUAUUUGAUCUCAUGGACACGCAGAUUAGAAAGGCAAGGGGUGAAUAUACCUAUGUGUACGAUUAUCGAAUUCAGACGGGGGAGGGCAUGGAAAAAAAACAUUUGGUGUUUGACGAGGAAGACCCUGUAUAUUCCAAGUUGCAGGAUCUGCCAAUUGAAGAUUAUACAAAAAGUAUAAUUGAACAGGUGAAUGAGCUGAAAGCCACAGAGGCCAAGUUUUCCAAUCUGAAGUACGCUUCAGAUUUGUCCCAUGCGGCACUGAACCAAGCCGAUUAUCUUUUCUCCCGUCAGCUGGUUACAGGCCACUUUGAACUAAUCAACAAGAUAGACAAAACCUUCCGUGACGAGUGUAUUUUAGAUUGCAUGGUUUUUGAGAACAAAUGUGCAUCCAAUUUGAACGGCAGGAAAGAGAUGUAUGAACCGCUAACAGAGGAGUUGCUAGAACUACUUGCCAAUGAGAAAAUUGACAUAGGAAACAAGAUAAGACUGCUCAUCGUGUACACCUACUACAGAGGCGGCAUCGUGGAGUCGGACUUGCGCAAGCUGUGUCACUUUGGAUUACCGGAUCAAAGCAAGACGGAUUCAAUUGUGACUCUAUUCAAGAACUUUCAGCAUUUGGGAUUCAACAUGCUGAAGUCUAAGCCUAGCGACAAGCCGUUCAGAAUAACGUCAUAUUUCGACAUCAAAGAUACUCCCGAGCUCACGGAUAGGUAUAUUCCUAGCUUGACAAAUAUCGUCACGCGGCUUGCGUACGGAAAACUCCCAGAGGUUUUCAAAGAGACGUACUCAAGCGAUCGCGAUGAGGACGCCCCUAAAGAUUUCCCCUAUGUCAAGGGAGCGCCAAUUGACGACGACGAUGCUGCACAGCAGUUCAAUGCUCCUGUUAGAAACAUGCCCAAGUGGAAGAGCUCGAAGCAAUCGAUUGAUUCCAACAAAGAGAAACUUUUAAUUUUUGUCGCGGGAGGUCUUACUCACUCGGAGUUAAGUUCUGUCACAUCGCUCGAGACGAAGAUUAAUAAAAACAUAUUCAUUGGCACUGACGAGCUCUACUCUACAUGGGAUCUAAUCGGAGAUCUUAGGCUUAUCAACGACGAGCGUAAAAACUUCAACUUCCCUUUGGACGAGAAAUUUGCUAGGAAGCAGGUGCCGCAGCACCUAUACGAGCGCUCAGCUGCUACGCAGCCAAACAAAAAUUCGGCAAUCGCAACUCCAAGCUCUGCCCAAAGCAGAGAUUCUUCUCGUUCUUCUAGCGCUCACCAGCUGGCGCAAAGCACAUCCUCUGAUAGCUCUCGGAAGCGGGACAAGUUCCUCAAAAAAUUCAAGGCACUAAACAUUUGA